AUGCGAUUAUCUUCAGGGUUUAGUCAUCCAAAAGGUUCAGACUCUACCCACCACCAUCGCCCAUCGAAAUGGCCCAAGUUCCUGAGAAUUCGCAGCUGUUUACCUGCCUAUCAUGCUCUAUUGCAUUCCUCUCACCAGAGGAUCAGAGGGUCCACUACCGAUCCGACCACCACAGUGUUCAACCAGAAGGUGUUGGAAAGGAGGACGGAGACAGCGGUCAUGUCAUCAGCCCAGGGGUCGUCUUGUGAAGUGUGCAACAAAGUAUAUACAACCGAAAAUGCAUACCGGUCGCACAUCCAAUCCAAAAAGCACAAGGAGAAUGAAACCAAAGCUGCUCUCAAAGCCCAGCCGGCACCUGCUGCAGAGGUGGUAGAAGAAAAAGAGACUCCAGUAAUUGCCGCUGCCGCUCCUGCUGUUCAACCUGCACCUGCACUAGCGCCAUCCACUUCUUUGAUAGUUGACGAAAACGCAACUGAGGAGGAAAUCACCAAAACAAUCGAAGAGAAGAUCGCUGCUGCCCGUGCCAGACUCUCUCCUCCGUCUUGUCUGUUCUGCAGCGAGCAAUACCCAACCCUGGACGAAAAUCUUACACAUAUGUCGACUGCCCACUCGUUCUUUAUCCCCGACGCUGAGUACCUCAUCGAUCUUCCCGGCCUAAUCAGCUAUCUCGGAGAGAAAAUCGCUGUGGGCAAUGUCUGCAUUUUUUGCAACGAACGGGGCCGCGAGUUUAGGAGCCUGGAUGCUGUGCGGAAACACAUGAUUGACAAGAGCCAUUGCAAGAUCUCCUUCGAAACGGAGAGCGACCGUCUGGAAAUAUCGGAUUUCUACGAUUUCACCUCUUCAUACCCUGACGCUGGAUCUGUGGAGUUAAAGAAGAAGAAAGCGACGCAAGCCAGCAGCGACGAGGAGGAAGAAGAAUGGGAAGAUGCCGAGGACGUGGAUGACGGUGAAGUUGAUGAGAUUGUCGAUGAAUCCGAGUCCGAUGAGACAAGCUCGGGUGAAGAUGAUCUUCCGGAGGGCCAGAUCACGUACGGUGAUACGAAUUACGAGCUUGUGCUACCAUCUGGUGCGCGAAUAGGUCACAGAACCAUGCGCAAGUAUUACGCCCAAUCGUUUCCUGGUGCCCCGCGUGGAAGCAAGCCCGAAGAUCCCAACUCUGGGGCGGCUCUGGCGGGUUUGGAGCCUACGGCGGUGGGACAGACGUGGUCAAGGCCAGAAAUAGAGGCGAAGCUCGAGAGGCUGGACGCCAUGUUCGGGAAUUCCGAGAUCAAAAAAGAAGAGAGGCUUUCAAAACCAAAGUGGGCUUUAUUCACAACAGUCAAAAGCACUUCCGAGAUCCUCUGA